AUGCGAUUCUCAAGUGUCUUCUUCGGUCUUUGCUCCGUCACAGCGGCAGCCGCCCAGGCUGAGUCGCUCACGACACCCCCCCCGGCGCCCCCGGUGCCCGCCCAUAAGGUGGGUUGGAGGGCUGCCAACUGCAGCGGCGUCAUCGUCGACGCCAAAGCCCUGCCCGACAAGCGGUGGGAGGCGGCCGGUGCCUCGGAGGCCCUCGAAGAAGUUUUCCAAGCCUGGCGGAACUACACCACUGGGCCUGAUGAAGUCAAGUUCGAGUUCAGCCAGUUCGUCUCUUGGUACUUCGGCGGCCCAGAGGCAUGGCGGUGCUCGGAAAUCUUCGACGUGCCGUGCUCAACCUCACUUACCUGUGAGGCUACCCAGUAUCCUGCCGGACAUCUCAUCCUCAACUCGUUUUCCAAGCUUCACCAGUUCCAUCAUCGCUAUUUUGAGGCUCUUGGCUUGGCGCAGGCGGAUAUCCAGUCGGAAAUCGACUUCUUUUCCGAGUCAUUCUCUUUGCCGCCGCCAGAAGACCCGUCCAAGGAUGCGAACAAGAGACUCAUGCUCAACGUUGCUUAUGGAUUGUUCGGUGUUUCUCAGGCCUUCCUCAGCAACUUUGUCAUCUUUAGUUCGGCUGCAGCGACAACCUCGGCGAUUUCCCAGGUAUGGCGGUCGCAGAUCAUGUCCACCUUGAGUUACAGCGUCUUCACCGGCUGGGCGGUCGCAAAGGACUACUUGCUCCCAGGCAAAGACUCAAAGGCUCAAUACGGAUCACUCUCCGCCAUGAUGGGCGACGUCUUCGACAGCUGGAAGGCUACCCAGGUGGCGUACGUCGAAACCAUCUUCAACCCGAACGACACCGCGACGGAGGACUUCAUCCGGUCGGCUUUGGACAACGGCCUCAUGGGAGCUGCCCCGGAUGAAAUGAACGCAUUCGAGAUGUCCAAGAGGCUUCAGAAACUAUUCUACCCGAGGUUCAUCGCGGCCGUCUGGCAAACUCGCAGGUGGACCAAGAAACCCUUCGUCUUAAAAACAAACCUACCUUGCAACACGGAGAAGGGUCAAAGAGACAGUACCCUUUGGCCCUUCUUGAAGGAUGACGACCACGCGAGGGCUUCGACCUGCUACAAAGGCGCCCUUUUCUACCUGAUCGACGUCAGAGGUUCUGGCGUCAAGUUGACCACCAAGUAUCCUUCCAUCCGGCCCGACAUCUUCAAGAGCAAACACUGGCCAUUGAUGGCACUGUACGGCUUGGAAACGAUGGACGGCGUCCGGUACGGCGGCAUCACGAAGGAGGACAUCGUCGCCUCCGUCUACGAGGGCUGGGUCGAGGGCGGCCACCAGAACAACAACUUCAACCCCAACUACACCGACAUCUCGCCGCAGGGCAAUCUCGACCUGUGGCUGCAGCAAGGCCACCGGAGCCCGGGCUUCGUCAACAUGACGCUGUGCCAGAACCUGUACACCAUCGUCGGCAACAUCGUGCACGGCAACCCUGAGAACCACACCUCGUACCCUUGUGAAAGCCUUUCCGUUAUCAAGCCCACCAACCUGGGUCCCCAGCCGGAUUCCGAUGCGGAAAAGGAGACGCCGGCCGAUACGGACAAGGAGACGCCGGUCGAUGCGGACAAGGAGACGCCGGUCGAUGCGGACAAGGAGACGCCGGAUGUUGAAAAUGGCAGACAAAUGACACCCAUUUGA